AUGGUGCCUCCCAAGUCCGGAAAGAAGACCGCCUCCCUUCCCUACCCCCAGGGCAAGGCUGGUUCGUCCAAGAAGACCGCCAAGAACCCUCUUAUCGAGAAGCGCACCCGCAACUUCGGUAUUGGUCAGGACAUCCAGCCCAAGCGCAACUUGUCCCGCUUUGUUAAGUGGCCCGAGUAUGUUCGCCUGCAGCGCCAGAAGAAGAUUCUGAACCUGCGCUUGAAGGUUCCUCCUUCCAUUGCUCAGUUCCAGAACACCCUCGACCGCAACACCGCUGCUCAGACCUUCAAGCUCCUGGCCAAGUACCGCCCCGAGACCAAGGCUGAGAAGAAGGAGCGUCUCGUCCAGGAGGCCACCGCUGUCUCCGAGGGCAAGAAGAAGGAGGAUGUCUCCAAGAAGCCCUACCACGUCAAGUACGGUCUCAACCACGUUGUUGGCCUUGUUGAGAACAAGAAGGCUUCCCUCGUCCUGAUCGCUCACGACGUUGACCCCAUUGAGUUGGUUGUCUUCCUCCCCGCUCUCUGCCGCAAGAUGGGUGUCCCCUACGCCAUUGUGAAGGGCAAGGCCCGUCUCGGUACCGUCGUUCACAAGAAGACCUCCGCCGUCCUGGCUCUUACUGAGGUCCGCUCCGAGGACAAGACCGAGUUCUCCAAGCUCCUCUCCACCAUCAAGGAGGGUUACACCGACAAGUACGAGGAGUCCCGCCGCCACUGGGGUGGUGGUAUCAUGGGUGCCAAGGCCAACGCCCGCCAGGAGAAGAAGCGCAAGGCUGUUGAGAGCGCUAUCAAGGUUUAA